AAAAUGUCUGAACAACCACAACUGUCAAAUGAUAAACUUUCUCGCACGUUUUAUGAAGAUUCGAACUACAACAAUCCAACCAUUUCAUCUACCAACCCUGAAAAACAAAUCAAUUACGAUGAAUUUUCAAGAAUUGAAUAUUCCGAAACUAAUCAACCAAACCAUGACUUUAUCUCGAUUUACACAAUAUUGAUCAAGAUUUAACAUGUUCCAUCUGUAAAUAUCCAUUCAUUGAUCCAAUCAUGCAUUCUGAAUGUGGUCAAAUGUUCUGUUCCAAGUGCAUUAUCGAUAAAGUUGAUAAAUGUCCACUUUGUCGAGGAAAUGAUUUGAAACAGAAUUCAUUGGCAGUUCCCAAAUAUAUUUUGAACAAGUUGGAUGAAUUGAAAGUGCAAUGUUCGAUGUGUAAGGGUGGAGUGCAGAGAGGACAAUUGAAAGAUCAUCAGGAAAGGUAUUGUCCACUGUUGGAUGCUUAUAAACAAGUUGAGGAAUUGAAAGUUAAUUUGGAAGAAGAAUUUCAAAAAAGGAAAAUUGGAUUGGAAAGGAAAUAUCAAGAUUUGAUGAAUAAAUUCAAGACAGAACAUGAACAGAUGAUCAAUCAGACAAAUAGUGAAUUUCAAGUUAAAAGAGCUGAACUAGUUCAAGAAUUUGAAUCAAAAGAUCAAGAUUUACAAAAACUAAUUGAAAAGUUUGAAAAGGAAAAAUUGCAAAGAGAAAUAUUCGAAUCCAGCAACAAACCAAUUCCUUUAAAUGUUGGUGGAACAAUCUUGACAGUCUCCUUAGGUGAUUUACUUCAUAACGAGAGAGAACCUGACAAUUUAUUCAAGAAAAUGUUGACAGGUCAACAUCCGCUAUAUCAAACACCUUGUACAUCAUUCAAAGAUGAUGUUUAUUUCAUUAAUUGUGAUCCAGUCGUAUUCAAACACAUUUUGGAUUGGUUAAGAUUUGGAAUUAUUGAUUUGAAAGAAAUGAAACAUGGACUCGUUGAUGCCUGUCAAUUAUUUCAAUUGACAAAUUUGGAAAAACAAUUACUCAAUUCACAACUUGACUUGAUUAGACUUUCAAAUGUGUUUGCUGGAGGUGAUUUGAGUUUGAAUUUGAAUGGAGUGAAUAUGAGGAAUUUCCUUCUUCAGAAAACAAAUUUGGAAAAUUCAAAAUUGAGUUGUUGUAAUUUUAGUGGAAUGAAUAUAAGAGGGUGUAAUUUUAAAGGAAGCACGAUGAGAGGAUGUGAUUUCAGUAAUUGUGAUUUGGCAGGUGCUAAUUUCCAAAAUUGUGAAUUGAAUUCAAACUUUUUAAGUGCUUGUUUCUCAAAUUCCAAUUUUGAAAAUGUUAAUUUCACAAACACAAUUACAAAGAAAUCUAAAUUUGAAAAUGCAAAAUUUACAAAAUGCAAAAUUCAAAUUCACUUUACAAAGGAAAAAGUUUUACAAAAUUGUAAAUUCAUUGAAUGCGAUUUCAAUGGAUCAAUAUUUGAGGAAAUUGAUUUUAAAAUUAUUCUUCACUCAACCAAUAAUUCAUUUAAUAAUUGCACAAUCAAGAAUUCAGAUUUACGAAAUUUGAAAGAUUUGUCAAAUUUUAACGGAUUGAAAUUUGACAGAUGUUUAUUUGAUUUUAAUGGACUUUCAAACAAACAUAUUGCAAAUAUUCAAUUUGAUAAUAUUGAUCUGCAAUCACAAGAUUUGAGUGGAAUUAUUUUCGACAAAUGCUCGCUCACUAAUAUCAAAACAAAUGUUUAUUUUGGAUUAGUUUCUUCCAUAAUUAUUAACGAAUGUGAUUGUUCAGUGUCAAGUGAAUUAUGUUCCCAUACUUGCAGCAUUGCAAUUCCUCAAUUAUUGUAUAGAGGAACUAGAGAUGGAUUCCAUUCGAAACAUUUUCAUUCGAAAUGUGACUUACAAGGACCAACAUUGACAAUUAUCAAAUCAGCAAAACACAAUCAAAUAUUUGGUGCCUUUACCUCUCGAUCCUGGAAAUCCCCACAUUCCUUAUUAGGUGAAUAUGUUUCAGAUGAAUCUGCAUUUAUUUUUAAAAUUGUAAAAGAUUUUAGUGGAAAAUAUCAUUUAGAAAAGUUCAAUUUUAAGCAAAAUCAGAAACAAUAUGCCAUUUGUCUUUGUAAGAAUUAUUUACCUAGAUUUGGAGAUGUUGACCUUGACAUUUCAACUGUAUUGUCAAGUUCUGAUUUUGGAAAUACUUUUGAGCUACCAAUUGGAUUACAAUAUGGAAGUGAGGAAGCUAAAAGUUAUUUGGCUGGAAGUAGCACAUUUCAGGUUGCUGAAAUUGAAGUUUUUAAAAUCACCCAACAUUGAUUCUUCAAGAUUGUACAACAUUCGAAAAUUAAAUACGAAAAUU